AUGAGCAUGAAGGCCCCACCCACCCUCCUGCAGCUGGCAGGGCAGAGCCUGCUGAGGAACGAGGUCCUGGCCAUCUCUGCUCUGGAGAAACUACCCAUGGAGCUCUUCCCUCCUCUCUUCAUGGAGGCUUUCACCAGGAGAUGCACUGGGAUCGUGAAGGCCAUGGUGCAGGCCUGGCCCUUCCUCUGCCUUCCCCUGGGGGCCCUGAUGAAGACAAGAGACGUGGUGACCUUACAGGUUGCCCUGGAUGGCCUCGAUAUGCUACUUGGUCAGCAGGUUCGACCCAGGAGGUGGAAAUUACAAGUGUUAGAUUUGCGCAACGUGCAUCUGAACUUCUGGAAGAUAUGGUCUGGAAACAUGGCCAAUGCCUGCUCAACAGAGGCCAAGAGUAAGAAGAAAAAGCGGCCAACAGAGCAGAAUGGUCCCAGGAUGGGAGAGAAGCAGCCCUUGACGGUGUUAGUAGAUGUGUGCCUCAAGCAAAGCAUCCUGGAUGCCUUUCUCUCCUAUCUCCUUCUGUGGGUCCAGGAAAGAAAAGGUUUAUUACAGCUGGGCUGUAGGAAGUUGAAGAUUUCAACAGUUCACAUCCAAAGCAUCAGGAAGGUUCUGGAAGUGUUGCAGCUUGACUGGAUGCAGGAAGUGCAAGUGAAUUGCACCUGGCAGCUGUCCACACUAGCUGCCUUUGCUCCUUACCUGGGCCAGAUGAGAAAUCUCCUCAAACUACUUCUCUCUCACAUCAAGGUGCCUGCUUCCAUCUCCCCAGAGGAGCAGAAGCAGCUGGUUGUGCAAUUCACCUCUCAGCUUCUCAACCUGGCCUGCUUGCAGGAGCUUUCCCUGGACUCUGUCUCCUUCCUGGAAGGCCUGGACCAGGUGCUCAGGUGCCUGAGGACUCCCUUGGAAGCCCUCUCAAUGACUGACUGUCAGCUUGCAGAAUCAGACUUGAAGCAUCUGUCCCAGUGCCCAAGCAUCCGCCAGCUAAAACAUCUGAACCUGAGUGGUGUCACCUUGACCCGUUUCAGCCCUGAGCCCCUCCGAGUUCUGCUAGAGAGAGUCUCAGACACCCUGAAGACCCUGGACUUGGAAGACUGUGGGAUCAGGGACUCCCAGCUCACUGCCCUCCUGCCUGCCCUAAGCCGCUGCCACCAGCUCACCACGUUCAACUACUUAAGGAACCCCAUGUCUGUGGCCGUCCUGGAGAAGCUACUCUGCCACACUAUCCAGCUGGGCCACUUAAGCCUAGAGAUGUACUCCACCCCCCUGGAGGUCUAUGGUGUCCAUGGUGCCCACUACCGGAGGAGACUGGGCCAGCUUCGGGAUGAGCUUGCACUGAUAGUGAAGCCGUCAAAUCAUCCCAGGACAGUGUGGUUCAGUACAAUUCCUUGUCCUCUCUGUGGCAACCAGGCACUGUACGAACCAGCUGGUGGGCAGGAGGAACACAGCACUGCCAACUACAGAAUGGUCUGUGGAUCUGAAACGCCAGUGUCCCUUGACCUCGCUGAGAACCUGAGCCAGCUGAAGAAUGUGAUGGCACAGACCCAAGGAGAGGACCUCUGCAUCUCCCCAUGCAGGUCCACCCUUCAGGCACUGCUGCCCCACCUGCCAAGCACUGAGAUCCUGAAGGCCAUGGAGCAGGCCUGGCCCUUCCCCUGCCUCCUUCUGGGAACCAUGAUGAAGACACGAAACUUGGGGACCAUCCAGAUUGAUAUGCUGCUUGUUCAGCAGGUUCAGGAGCCAGACACCCUUGGAGAUCCUCUCUUUGAGUUCAAGUCCGCUAAAGCUGUCAGACUGGAUGCACCUGUCCCAGUGUCCACCACCAGCCAGCUCAAGUACCUGCACCUACAGGACUGUUCUUUAAAAGACUUGAGACUAGAGCUCCUUGGAGCUCUGCUAGAGACACUGGCCGGCACCCUGGAGAGCCUGCUCCUGGAGGAGUGUGAGAUCACCGACUCCCAGCUUGAUGCCAUCCUGCCCGCCCUGAGCUGCUGCUCCCAGCUCACUAUGUUCAGUUUCUUUGGGAACCGCAUCUCCAUGGUCACCCUGGAGAACCUGCUGAGACACACUGCCAGGCUGAGCCAGCUGGGGGCUGUGGGCACAGGGAAAAUUUCCCAACAUUUUGCUGAGCUCAUGGAUACACUGAGGAACAUUAGGCAACACAAGACGGUCUUGUUCACUAUUGACUCCUGCUCUCAAUGUGGCAACAGAUGGGUGUAUAACAUGAAAAGGAGUCUCUGUUGCUGUCGACUGCCUGCCUAG